AUGAUUGGUGGAGUAUUUUUAUAUAAUGACAAAGGUGAAUGUCUUAUCCUUCGUUUAUAUCGUGAUGGAUUUGGUCGUUCAGCAGCGGAUGCAUUUCGUGUGAAUGUAAUUCAUGCUCGACAACGUGUUCGAUUUCCUGUUGUGUGUAUUGCACGUAUAAAUUAUUUUUAUAUUAAACGUGGAAAUAUUUGGUUAUGUGCAACGAGUAAACAUAAUAUCAAUUCGGCUAUGAUAUUUGAAUUUUUAAAUAAGUUUGUGCGUAUCAUAGAAUCAUAUAUGGGCGCAAUGACAGAAGAAAAUAUAAGACUAAAUCAUAUUGUGAUCUAUGAAUUAUUAGAUGAAAUAUUUGAUUAUGGUUAUUUACAAACAACGGAUGCAGCACAUUUAAAAUCUUAUAUAAGUCAAUCUGGUGGAGGUUUAAAGUCGAAUAUAUUAUCACCAGAACAACAAAAAACUCUAACAUCAACCGUAACUGGUCAGAUUGGAUGGAGACGUGAUGGUAUUUAUUAUCCGAAAAAUGAGCUUUUUCUCGAUAUUAUAGAAACAGUUAAUCUACUCAUGUCUCAACAGGGUCAAGUAUUAAGUUCAGAUGUUGUUGGUAAAGUAAUGAUGAAAUCUUCAUUGUGUGGUAUGCCUGAGUGUAAAUUGGGGAUUAAUGAUAGACUAAUGAUCAGUGGUAAACAGCGAAAAGAAGAAUUAUUUACUGGUAUAUCAGGUAAUGCUACGGUGGCUAUUGACGAUUGUCAAUUUCAUCAAUGUGUUAAAUUAUCCAAAUAUGAAACGGAACACUCAAUUAGCUUCGUACCACCCGAUGGUGAAUUUGAAUUAAUGAAAUAUCGCACAACAAAUGAUAUCCAAUUACCAUUUCGAGUGAUUCCAUUAGGUAAGAGAAUAACAGAAAGAGUUUUAAGUGAACGAAGAGAAUGUUUUGAAGUAGGUAAAUGA